UUUCGGUAUUUACAAUGUAGUGUACCUGUACAUUUCAACACGUCGAACUCCAUAACGCACUAUACCAUAUGAUGGAAGUUUAGCUUCCUGUCAUACAGAUUUGUUUAUUUCCAUUUCUAUUCUGCUUUCGCUUUCGAUUAUAAGAAAAAGAAGUAUUCCGAGAAAGGUUGAGAUCACGUGGGUAAAACCCCACCUACACAUACGUAUACGCGUCUCUACAUUAUUUACACAGCACGCUGUGACAGCCAUACCAGAUAACGCUUGUACAUGUUUAGUCCUGCUUUAUACGUAUCCAGGAUCGAUACAGAUUGUCUGGUGAUUUACAGUUGAGCUAAGUGGAUGCAGUCAAUAUGCCAUUUAGAUGUGAUGUAUGUGGGCAGAACGAUUUUAAAUCUGAAGCCGGAAUGAAAGGCCACAAGACUAAAAUGCACAGCAAAAACAAAGAAUUCCCAGCUCAUGGAGGAAUACCCGAGGGCAAAUUCACAUGUGAGAUAUGUGGGAAGAACGAUUUCAAGUCUGAAUCCAGUAUGAAAGGCCACAAAACUAAAAUGCACAGCAAAGACAAAGGUUUCCAAGCUCAAGAAAGAGAAAUACCCGAGGACAAAUUCACAUGUGAGAUAUGUGGGAAGAACGAUUUUAAGUCUGAAGCCAGUAUGAAAGGCCACAAGAUAAAAUUUCACAGCAAUGACAAAGGAUUCCCAGCUCAUGGAGGAAUACCCGAGGGCAAAUUCACAUGUGAGAUCUGUGGGAAGAACGAUUUCAAGUCUGAAUCCAGUAUGAAAGGCCACAAAACGAAAAUGCACAGCAAUGACAAAGGAAUUCCAUCUCAAGGAGGAGAAAUACCCGAUGGCAAAUUCACAUGUGAUGUAUGUGGGAAGAACGAUUUCAAGUCUGAAUCCAGUAUGAGAGGCCACAAAACCAAAAUGCACAGCAAAGACAAAGGUUUCCAAGCUCAAGAAAGAGAAAUACCCGAGGACAAAUUCACAUGUGAGAUAUGUGGGAAGAACGAUUUCAAGUCUGAAGCAAGUAUGAAAGGCCACAAGAUAAAAUUUCACAGCAAUGACAAAGGAUUCCCAGCUCCAGGAGUAAUACCCGAGGGCAAAUUCACAUGUGAGAUAUGUGGGAAGACCGGUUUUAAAUCUGAAGCUAGGAUGAAAGGCCACAAGACUGAAAUGCACAGCAAUGACAAAGUACCACAAGGUCAAGAAGUAAAUUCCGUUUGUGAAUUUACAUGCAACGUUUGUGGGCAGAAUAACUUUGCGACUGCAGCCAGUAUGAAAGGACACAAGACUAGAGUCCAUGGAAAAGAGAUCGUAAAGCAGGCAGCAAUACCAUGUAAAGAAGUGAUGAAAGAAAACUGCAUAAAGGUGAAGAAUGAGAGUCCAACGGCAUCAGGAUCACUUUGUGAGGCAACCCCGUCGUCGGUAUCCUACAUAAACCCUCACAUAAUCAGCAAUGAUGAUCAGCAAACAAAAGUAUCUUCGCCAGCUCCCCGCCUCAAUAAUCCUGGGGGGUAUUUAUCGCAGCGUAUGGAGGGCGCACAACUGCGUCUUAUCGACAUCAACAUUGCUGCUGGUAUCGUGAGGGACUUUAUUGAAGGCGACCGUGGUGUCAGGAAAAAAUUAAAUGAUAAUGGUGGUGGUUUCCGGUGGGAUAUUCUUACAUCCGGAUCAUACUAUGAUAAAACAAAGAAUAUGAGCCCCGACGAAUUCGAUUUCAUGAUUUCGCCUAUGAAUCUUGAUGCUUAUAUGAAAUGGGACAAGGCUAUGCCGAAAGGAUUUUGCAAAAUUGGUCUUACAAGAACGAAUCGAAGUGAACUGAUGACAGGAGGUUACCUGGAUCCUGUAAAGUUCAAAGACAUGGCGUUCAAACUAUUUGGUGAUGCAGCCACACGUAGGAACGUAAAAAGGAAGAAGAAGGAUAUGGAUAGUCCCGCCUAUACAAUAUUGUACAACCCAGGGGCCGGUCUGCCAGACAUCGACAUCGAUCUAGUCCCUAGUAUUGAAAUCAAAGCAUGGCCUAAACCUGUGUGUUGUAGACAGGUGGCUCCAACAUGGGUCAGGGAUGACGACUUCUGGAAGAAAUGUAAAGAAAGAUACCAUGUUGUGGCGAAAUCGUGUCCAGAAACUGGUAGGUGUCAACUUUAGCAAGUCAUUGGGAAGGCCCAGUUGAAAAUAGUGUGAAUUUGAACUAAAAAUUGACCAAAUAAACAGGGCAACAUAUCAAUAAGCAAAGAUUGGCUCAU